GAGCACUUAGUUGAUUUAAAGUAUAUUCAGUGCUUUUCAAUGACAUGAAUGCAGUAAAUUAGCUACAAAACAUCUUUUUUUCACCAGUGAUGUUUUUAAAGGAAAAAAGUCCUAAGAACCGAGUGAUGGUGCAUUUUGCAGGAGAGGAAGGCAUUGAUAAUGGAGCUAUGGCAAAGGAAUAUUUUACAAAUAUCAUGGACGAAAUUGGAAAGAAUGUUUUUCCAGAUGGAAGCCCCCAAAAUUCAAUGCUCAGUGUCCACAACGGUACAUUUUAUUCAUGUGGGCAAAUUGUUGCAACUAGCAUCGCCCAAGGAGGUCCUCCGCCAUGUUUCCUAGAGGAUUGUGUUUAUGAUAUGCUUGUUCUAGGAAGUUUCAACAUGAAUGCACUUAUUCCUGAAAAACAUUUAACGUCUCAUGAGCAAACACUGAUAAAAAGCAUCAAAGAUAACCCGACUUUGAUGCAAGAUGUCAUUUUGGAGCACGAGUACACUGGCAAGAUCGAUAAAGAGCAUGUUGAUGAUAUCAUUGGUACUGUUAUGGUUAGCAUCGUCAGCAAACGUCUCCUCUAUCUAAACAAGUUUCGUAGAGGUUUGGAUCUCUAUGGAUUUUCGGCCUUAUUGCAGGCUGAGCGUGAUUUGUGCAAGCAGCUUUUUGUCAAAGGACGGUCUGAAAAACCAGCUGAUGCUAACUAUUUAGUAUCAUGUUUUGUGCCAUAUUAUUCAGAAAAAGGAAGCUUGUGGCGUGUGAUUGAAGAGGAAAUGAUUGACUUCUUUCAAGAUGUGUUAAUGAGUAUGGAAGACCAGAAUGUAACAGGCUAUAUAGAAGAUCUGACAUGGAAUGAUGGAGAAGAUAGUCUUGGUAACAUGCAAGACAACAUGGAAAGGAUCACUUCCCUGUCUGCAGAUCUAACACCAUCAGGAGUUCUGGGGUGGCUCACCGGACAAAAACAUGUCCCUAUUAAUGGAGAAAAGUUAAGAAUCGGAGUUCAUUUUGAUCAUGAUUGUAUGGCACGUAAUACCAUGCAUAAAAUCUGUUUCCCAAUCGUAGGAUCAUGUGGCAGAGACAUUACAUUACCAGUUGAGCAUAUGAAAACAAGUGAAGAUUUCAAGCACGUUUUCAUGAUUGCCUACUGUAAGGGUCAGAGUUUUGGGAAAAAAUGAAACUUGUCAUUCUAAAUCAGUAACACCUUAUCAGUGUUAUCAGAUUAUUAUGGAAUGGUUACUUUUUUGUUUGAUUCACCCCAAUGGCAACUUUUAAUUUUACUUCUUUCAAAAUUAUGUACUUACCAAAUGCUUGUUAGUGAGGAAACAUUUACU